AUCCACCCCGCGUUUUCCCGAACGCGUCGACAACACGCGGGAGCCCGAGCCCUCUCUCCCCUUCCCCUUCACCUUCGCCCUCUCUCUGCGCGAUCGGAUCCCAAAACCCUAGCUACGAUCGUCGCCGCGCCAUGGAGCCUCUUCCUCCGCCGAGGGAUCGGAGGGUCGAUGCCCUAGGCGAUCUCUGCGUCCUCCCCGACGAGGUGCUCUGCGCCAUUCUCGACCUCCUCCCCCCCUCCGACCUCGGUCGCCUCGCUUGUGUUAGCAGUGUUAUGUACAUUCUAUGCAAUGAAGAGCCACUGUGGAUGAGUAAGUGUCUUUCUACUGGCGGACUUAUUGAGUAUAAAGGCUCUUGGAGGAAGACAACAUUGUGCAGGCUAAAUCUCUGUGCUGAAAAUGAAGAAGUUGACCACAAAACAUUGCAUUUUGAUGGAUUCAACUCCUUAUUUCUAUAUAGGAGAUGGUAUAGGCGUUUCACAGCGCUGAGUGCAUUUUCUUUCGACAGUGGAACUGUCGAAAGAAUUAAAGACCUUUCCCUGGAUGAGUUUAAAGCUCAGUACGAUGGCCAGAAACCGGUUUUGCUUACUGAGUUGGCAGAAACUUGGCCCGCAAGGACUAACUGGACAAUUGAUCAACUAUUGCCGAGUUAUGGAGAUGUAGCAUUCAGGAUAUCACAAAGAAGUCCUCAAAAGAUAAGGAUGAAAUUUAAGGAUUAUGUUUCCUACAUGGAAGUUCAACAUGAUGAAGAUCCUCUUUAUAUUUUCGAUGACAAGUUUGGGGAGUCUGCACCUGCCUUAUUGGAAGACUAUAGCGUCCCUCAUUUGUUUCAUGAGGACUUCUUUGAUAUCCUUGAUCAUGAUCAACGGCCUCCAUUUAGAUGGCUCAUCAUCGGACCAGAAAGGUCUGGUGCAUCGUGGCAUGUCGAUCCUGGUUUGACCAGCGCAUGGAAUACUCUUCUCUGUGGGAGGAAAAGAUGGGCAUUGUACCCUCCAGGUAGAGUACCUGCAGGUGUUACUGUACAUGUAAAUGAAGAAGAUGGUGAUGUUAACAUAGAGAGCCCAACAUCAUUGCAGUGGUGGCUUGAUAUUUAUCCUCAGCUUGCUGACCACGAUAAGCCAUUGGAAUGCACUCAACUGCCUGGAGAGACUAUUUUUGUUCCCAGUGGUUGGUGGCAUUGUGUUCUAAAUCUGGAAACAUCAAUAGCUGUUACUCAAAACUUUGUGAAUCCAUCAAAUUUCUUAUUUGUAUGUCUCGACAUGGCACCUGGGCACCGUGUUAAAGGGGUUUGUCGUGCUGGAUUGCUGGCUAUUCCGGAUGAGGAUAGUAGAGAUGUUGAACCCAAUAAUUCCAUGGAUAUAGAGGAAUUGAACCACUGUGAAACGACCCACAAAGAGAAAAAGCUCAAACCAUGUACAAAUGGUAGCAAUGGGUAUGCUAAAGAGGAGUAUCAAACAUUUUCAUAUGAUAUAGAUUUCUUAUCUGGGUUUUUGGAGGAAGAAAGGGACCACUACGUUUCCUUAUGGAGCCCUACCAAUUACAUCGGGCAAAGAGAGAUGAGGGAAUGGUUGCACAGACUUUGGAUUGCUAAACCAGCAGAGAGACAGUUAAUAUGGAAGGGUGCUUGCCUAACUUUAAAUGCUGACAAAUGGUACGCAUGCCUGGUGGAGAUUUGCCAGCGUCAUAUGUUGCCAUCUCCCUUAGAUGAUGAGAAGCUUCCUGUCGGCACGGGUAGCAAUCCUGUUUUCCUUGUUUCGAAUUAUGUAAUAAAAAUAUAUGUUGAAGGAGGGUUGGAGUCCACUAUCCAUGGUUUUGACACAGAGCUUGAGUUCUACAACCUACUUUACAAGGUGAACUCACCUUUGAAGGAGCAUGUUCCAGAUAUUGUUGCUAGUGGCUUUAUUGUGCACGAAAAUGGUGUUUAUAGAACAGUUCCAUGGAACGGAAAAGGUUUACCAGAAGUGAUUGCUAACUGUUUCCCUGAGAAGGUAACCUCCAGCGAUGAUUGCUUUUCUUUUGGUGUAUGGAGUAAGAAACAAUUUGAGUUAAGACGUUCUGAAGCUGUUUCAGAGACAAGGAUAUGGCCUUAUUUAGUGACCAAAAGAUGUAAGGGCGAUAUUUUUGCUCAUAUAAGGAACACAUUAUCAAAGGAUGAUGUCUUGCAUCUAGCUUCUUUUCUGGGAGUUCAACUACGAAACCUUCAUCUCUUGCCCCUACCACAGAUGUUAAAUGCAUCUGAGUCGAAGGUUGAUCAUAUUAAAUCGACAACAGAAAAAUUCAGUGAUCUGACUGGUCUGAAAAUUUCGCCUAAAUGGAAGCCUGUAAUUGAUAUUCUAGAAGAGAGAAAAGAGAGCAUCAGAAACCGCCUAGUUCAGUGGGGGGAUCCCAUUCCAGAACUUUUAAUUGAGAAAGCUGAGGAAUAUCUUCCACAGGAUUUAGCACUUUUGCUCGAUUUCGAGAAGGAUGUUGAUGGUCUUUACAGAAUCUGUCAUUCUCCUUCUUGGAUACAUUCAGACAUUAUGGACGAUAAUAUUCACAUGGAACCUGGUCUGCCUAUGAAUGGCUUUGAUGAGGAUGCUUUAACGGGCGGUUCAAUUGGGAACGGUGGAGAAAAUCAAUUUAUCACAAAAGGAGGGCCAAGAAAAUGGAUUCCUACUCAUAUUAUUGACUUCAGCGAUCUAUCUAUCGGAGACCCUUUAUAUGACUUGAUUCCUCUGUACUUGGAUGUUUUCCGAGGAGAUGUGUCUCUUCUUAAGAAGUUUCUAGAAAGCUACAACCUUCCAUUGUCCAGAAGAGCAGCAGAUCAUACACCACCCUAUUGUGGGUCAGCGGAAAAUAAAUUCAAAAGGAUAUCAUAUCGUGCCACGUGCUACUGCAUUUUACACGAGGAGAAUGUGUUAGGAGCUAUAUUCAGUUUAUGGAAGGAAUUGAGGACUGCAACAUCUUGGCAGAUUGUCGAAGAAGCUGUAUGGGGGGAGUUGAAUAAUUAUCAAAGCACUUUAACCUGAUACAUAAUAACUCUUUUAUUUUCACUCGAAGAAAAAGAAAAAGAAAACUGAUACAUCUUUUCUUUUCUCAAGGUUACGAUAGAAUUGUUGAAUAAUACAGCGUAGGUCAAAUGCCUUAUAUUAUUUAAGAAUUUAUUUGAGAAUAUUAUUCGUGCUGUCUUUUUUUCCCAUUUUAAAUGUAAUUUGCCGUUUAAGUGUAUGUGUUAAGAUGAUAGAUGUUGCCGUAACCGUGUAUGUGUUAAGAUGAUAGAAGUUGCCGUAACCAUUAAGCAGAUUAUUCUGUGUACUGUAGUUUGUCA